UUUUAAGUUGAAACAAUUAUGUCGGCGCAAUAUCAAAGAUUCCUGAAAGUACUUGAAAAGUGGCCAGCGGAGAAAUCGAAAGUCGGCAGGGAUCUCGGCGAGCAGAUUCGCAAGCAGGUGACCAAGCUCACAAGUCUAGAAGGCGGAGCGACGGAUAAGGAGCUGGACCGUCAGAUCAAUGCUCUAGAGAGGCUAUCCAACAACGUCUACGCAAAGAAGUAUCCGCGCACUUUCGAGUCCACGGCCACUGGACUGACCGCCGCCCAGUGCAGCCAAGUGUUGAGCUCCGAGUUCCUGCAAUAUUUGAACGAGGACUCAAAAAAAAAGAAGUAGCAUGAUGAAGCGACUUCUAAACCCCACUAGACUGAGACUGGAUUGGUUAAGACGAAGCUCUAUAGAAGUGAAGACUGCUCCCCACGUUCCUGUGCUCUGCGACACCGCCAUUGAAUACCUGCAGCCCGUUCCAGGAGGCACCUAUAUCGACAUGACUUUCGGAGCUGGUGGCCACACGCGUCGUCUUCUGGAGAAGUGUCCCGAGGCAAAGGUGUACGCCCUAGAUCGAGAUCCAUUGGCCCACCAACUGGCCCUCGAUAUGAGCGAAUCCGAAGAGUUCAAGGGCAGGCUAAUUCCCCUGCUUGGAAAGUUCUCCGAUUUACCAAGGCUUUUCAACGAUCAUGGCCUAGCCAAGAACUCGGUGGACGGGAUGCUUUUCGAUUUUGGCUGCAGUUCCAUGCAAUUCGAUGAGGCGGUCAGAGGCUUCUCCAUCUCGAAGGACGGUCCACUGGACAUGCGAAUGGAUGGAGGCCACAGCGGAGGGGUUACAGCUGCCGAUGUGCUGGCCAAUGUUGAAGAGAGCGACCUUGUGAAGAUUUUGCGGAUUUAUGGCGAAGAGAAAGCAGCCAAGAAGAUAGCCAGAGGACUGAUAGACGCGCGCAACGGUCUCUUUAAAAUCGAGACCACCAAGCAGCUGGCAGAUAUAAUUGAAAACAUCAUGGAUGGCGGGACCAGGAAAGAUAAGCUUCGACGACCGGCACACUCAGCCACCAAGACCUUCCAAGCCAUCCGCAUAUUUGUGAACAACGAGCUUAACGAGAUCAACUACGGCAUGGUUUUGGCCAACGAAAUCCUCCGUGUGGAUGGACGCCUGGUGACCAUCACCUUCCACUCGCUGGAGGACACUAUCGUGAAGCGUCACAUCAAUGGAAACGUCCUGGCAGGCGCCGCCAAUGCUCUUCCCCUCAAGUACUCCAGCCAUUAUGCCAUAGACGAGCCAGAUAUGCUAGAAUCACUGACCAAGAAGAGCUGGAAACAACUCCAUCGCCAUGUCAUCGUGCCAGACGCCGACGAGGUGGCUAGGAACACACGCAGUCGAUCCGCCAAGCUGAGAGCAGCCGUCAAAACAAACUAAACGCAUGUCAAUAAAUUCCCUCGGUCUAGUUCAAAA